AUGAUUUCAUCUGUAACAAAGAUGUGGCUCUCCAGUAUCGUAUCUUCCACCCUGUUCGUAAUGGCGAUGUCAGCAGGACAGGAAUACCUCCCUCCAAACAAGGGGUACAACUACGAACCACCAUCUAUACCAUUCAACCAGAACCAAAAUAAGCCGACCCCAGCUCCUCGGCCACCCCCCACGACAAGACCGUCAUACAUCCCACCUGCCCCUACGCAAGGUCCAACACAACCUGACCAAGGAUACGAUUAUGGUCAAAACCAUGAUCAUAGUCACGACCACAGCCAUGAUCACAGCCACGAUCACGGUACUGGAGACCAUCAUCACGAGCCUGGCAUGCCUUUCGACUUCUCUUAUCAGGUAAGCGAAGACGGUAAUGACUACAGCCACAACGCCAUCUCUGACGGAGAUGUUACUAAGGGAGAGUACAGAGUGGCCCUUCCUGACGGACGCACGCAGAUUGUCAAGUACACCGCGGAUUGGAAGAACGGAUUCAACGCUGAAGUGACCUACGAGGGUGAGGCUCGCUAUCCUGACCCACCAGCAGGCGGAUACCCCGCCGCUGGCAGCCCGGCCGGCUACGGCGGCGGUAGCGGCGGCGGCAGCAGCAACGGUUACAGCAGCGGUAGCGGCACUGGCAGUGGCAGUACCGGUAGUGGGGGUCAGGCCUAUGCCCCCCCAAGCCAAGGAGGUGGAUACCAAUACUAA